AUGUACCACAGAGUAACCAUUCCGAUUUAUGAUCAACAAGUACACAGAUUCCUUUGGCGCAGCCUAGAAGAAAGGGAACCGGACACCUACGUCAAGACAGUCCUUACAUUUGGCGAUCGACCAUCACCCAYAAUGGCUAUGGUUGCCCUUCGCMAGACGGCAGAGCUCAAURCAGCAGAUGAACCGAAAGCAGCUGAAUCCAUUAUAAAGAACACAUACAUGGACGACAUUUGUGAUUCGGUCGACACUGCUGCUGAAGCUGAUAAACUUACAUCAUCUAUUGAUAGUGUUCUGUMAACUGAAGGCUUCAAAUUUAAAGGAUGGACAUCCAAUGUUUCGAAUCAGCAAAGUCAGAAAAUCACCAUUGGCGAAGAAGAAGACUCGUCUGAGAAAGUUCUGGGAGUGGUUUGGAGUUCAAAGGAAGACAAGUUUUCCUACAAAGUGAACWCUGCUACAACAAYAGCUGAUGAAAUAAAAUURAAGGGCUUAACGAAGCGAAGAAUUCUGAGUCAUGUCGCAGGAAUCUUUGAUCCUAUAGGAGCAACCGCACCAGUACUCGUCAAAGCAAAGAUUGCCAWGCAAGAAUUGUGGCAACAUGGUCUCGACUGGGACGACAAAGUACCUGAUGACAUCAAAGAAAAGUGGGAGAAAUUGUUCAAAGAGCUUGCCGCCGUAAACGGUUUUGACUUUGAUCAUUGUCUUAAACCAAGUAAUGCUAUAGGAGACCCCUGGCUUAUUGUGUUCUGCGAUGCUUCCCGUCUUGCAUUUGGAGCAUGUGCAUACAUCAGAUGGAAGUUAGCAACUGGAAAGUUUGAAGUGAGSUUCAUCGCAGCAAAGUCUAGAGUAUCRMCUCUGAAGGAACUGUCGAUUCCUCGACUUGAAUUACAAGCGGCAGUUAUAGCAAGUYGACUGGCCAAAACCAUUUGCAAACAGUCAAGGUUUAAGUUUUCAAGAUCCRUUUACUUCACUGAUAGYCUAGUUGUUCUUACRUGGAUACAGAGUAUGUCACGCUGUUACAAGCCCUUUGUCUCAUGCAGAAUCGGCGAAAUUCAGUCUAAUUCAGAACCGUYCGAGUGGAUGUACUGCCCAACACUGUUAAACGUGGCGGAUGACCUAUCGAAAGGAUUCCCAACUAAGGAUCUCAAUGGGCGAUGGAUGAAUGGACCAGUCUUUCUACAGCAACCAGAAGCUGAGUGGCCAAGCCAACAAGGUACACCGGAAAUGUUAGAAGUCAACAAAGAGAGACGAAAGACAACCCUAGCCCAUGCAGUAACCAUCAAAGAGCCAAUAUUCAGACCAGAAGGGUUCUCAACAWGGAAAAGACUUCGUAGAGUGACUGCCUAUGUACUACGGUUUAUCCACAACUGUAGAAAGAAAGUUAACAACACAAAGAUGUUAGGUCCAUUAUCAGCACAAGAGAUCGCAAAUGCAGAAGACUACUGGAUCAGAAGAGCACAGAUAAGCAUCCACAAGAAGGUAGAGAAGGGAGAAUUGUCCACCCUAACACCAAUUAAGGAUGACAAUGGAAUCAUCAGAGUUGGAGGACGAGUAGACCCUAGUCUUUACUUUAGUCAAARUUAUGGAAGUAAUGGGGAUUCCCCCAUUGUGUGGGGGUAA